ACGGAAGCUGACCGAAGAGAAGCCUCAUUGGUCGAGCCACAGUGACGUCAGAGGCACUCGUCUUGUCAGCUCUGUCACUAUGGCGGCGGUGGAUGUCAUUGUGGACAACUUGGUGACUCUCUGGAGGAUACCGGCCGUCAGGCAAAACUUCCACUGGAUCUUUUUGCUCAUUUCGGUGGUGGGAUCGAUUCUGAAAGAGCUGGAGCUCGUUCCGCAGACGUAUUUCAGCAGCAACAGAAAUGCCCUGAAUGUGUAUUUUGUCAAAGUAUCCUGGGGGUGGACGCUGCUGCUGCUGACCCCCUUCCUCCUCCUCUCCAACUCGUCCUUCAGCCGGAGCGCGUCCUUCCUCGGCCGGCGGCUGCUGUCUCUGGCGGUGGCGACAAUGAUCUGGUACGCCUGCACCGAGGCCUUCUUCUACGUCGAGGACUUGACGGGCUCGUGUUUCGAAACCGACGGCGUGGAUGUUAUCAGCAAGGAGUUCACGUCCAAAGUCGGCUGCAGGCGGGCCGGCUACCAGUGGCAAGGCUAUGACAUCUCGGGACACUCCUUCAUCCUGGCCUACUCGUCUCUCUUCAUCAUGGAGGAGACUGCGCCCAUGGCCUUCCUGAAGACAGCCAGUCUCUCUGCUCUGCCCAGGAUGGUGCUAAACCUGCUCUACGUAGCCUUGAAUCUGAUCGUGAUUGUUUGGGUGUGGAUGUUUGCGUGCACCUCCGUUUACUUUCAUGACCCGUCUCACAAACUGCUAGGGACCGUAUGCGGCCUGCUGGGGUGGUAUCUGACGUAUCGGGUUUGGUAUCUAAAACCCUGGUCGCCAGGACUCCCUCCUCAGCGCCACCUAAAGGGACUGAAACUACACACCUGAGCUGCAGUCAUACUAUCCUGUAGAUUGUUAUUGUUGCAGCCAUCCUCAUAACAGCCCACUACAUUUGACGUUAUCUUUCGUCGGGUCCAAGCUCGCCAAUUCUAUUCUAAGUUCGUUCUGAGGUCGUUUUGUACUGGAUGGUGUUUGGCAGCUGCUGUUCCCAAAAUGACUUGGUAAUCUGAGAUAAAAGCAAGACGCUGCUCUGCUGCCUGGCUUCAGCCUCUCACCUCCAGCCGCCGAGGCUUGCAUGCUGCAUUAUUGUUUGUCCCACUGUUUGUUGCCUUUUAAUUUUCAGCUUCAGAGUUAUUGCAGCUUUUUAGAUGUAUUGGGACAUUUGAGAAUGUCUACAGGUCCAUUGCAAAACAAAGUCAGAUCAGACACUGAAUCUAAUGAUUUAAAUGAGCUGUUGCAUAUGAGAGUUAUUGUGACUGUGUGCCAACACAAUAAGUAAAGUUUGCUCAGAGAAUGCAUCAAGCUUCUAUAGUGAGUUUAUACAUAGUUUCACAUGUUCAUCAUAGACACACUUUAGUUUUAAGCCAGCCCUGCAAUUGGUAGUUCAUUAAAUGGUUUAGUUUGUUAAUAUGAAUAUUUAAUUAUUGACUGCAGAUUAUUCAAUUAAUCAAAAAUGUCCAAGUUUGGAAUUAAAAUAUUACGUUUUGUCCAAACAAAAGUAAAACAAAUCCUCAAAAUUGAAAAGUUGGAUCCAGAAGUUAUUCGGGUUUUGUGACAAUAUAUUUAUUGUCAAAAGGAAAAAAAGAAAAAGAAUUGUUAUUUACUUUUCUGUUUGAUUAAUCGAUUUAGUCAACUAACAUUUCCAGUUGGAACUUAAUUUGUUUCCAACAACGCAGUGAUGAUUUUAAAUAGUCAGUUAAGUAAUGUUUGCUGGCAGGAAAUUCCUGAAAGUUGGUUCAUAUCCUACGUAGAAACAAAUGAGUCAGAGUCUGAGUGCCACAAACCAAGUAGGAAAGUAUUUAGCACUAAAAUAAGGAUUAAAAAAAUAUUUUUUUUUAUUGAGUAUUAUAAUAUAAUACCGGCCUUCUCCUGCAAUGAGACAUUUAGGGAAGCUUGCUAUCGGUGCAUUUCUUUAUGAAUAUUGUUUUACAAUAUUGUCAAAUGUUUUAUAGCACUUAUAUUUCUUGAUGUGUCAAAUACACAGUAACAAACUAGAGAGAAGGGAACAAUGUACGUUAAAAUAAAAUAAAUAAAAACCAGGAUCUG